AUGCAAUCAACCAUGGCCGAAGUAGCAAUCACCAUCUUCCUUGGUCAGAAGUACAACAAUGUUGAAUACCAGAAUAGUGUCAUUGCCCUGUCCCAGGAUAUUACAGAAUUGAUGGGAUUGGUCCCUAACAAGUCGAUCCGAAUCAUGCUCAUACGGAUUCCCUGGGAUUUUGGGCGGAAAUUUUCUGGCGAGCUAUGGGCGGAUAUUUCCGUCAAGUACAUCCCCCGUGAUACAAAGGAUGAGACUAUCGUACAGUACCUCAUGCGUCGAUAUGCCGGUGAAGAUGGCUACGUACCUAUACUGUCACGGAUAUGGAUCAUGGUAUUGAUAAUCACUAUUGCAUUCGUUAGCGUCCACACGACGGUUGCCGCCAUUAUCUGGGUUACUUUUUACCUGGCAUUAUACCCUGAGACCCAGAAAAUUAUCCACGACGAAAUCUCAACCAUUAUUCGGGAGGAGGAACAUGCCGAUGGAGACUUUAUACUUGACUCUUCGGGCAUAGCUAAAGCGGCCAAAACCGACUCUUUCAUCCGAGAGGUCAUGCGAAUGAAAGGAGACACCAUUAAUGUUGCCAGAUUGACCAUGAAGGACGUCGAGCUUGGUGGGUAUAGAAUUCCAAAAGGUAUGAGAAUGCUGUACAACUAG